AUGGAGAAUCUGAGAGCCAUGUUACAACAGAAAAUGUUAUCACAAGUGAUCGACAUGGCGAGUAAGAUGUCUGCCAAUGAAUCUGAUGAUCAAGAUGAGAUGGAGGUUACUGAAACUUUAGAGGACAUGGACACAACUGAUCCAACUAAAAAAUAUUUCUGUUCAAUCACAUAUUCAAGAAAAGAAGACGAGGACUCCAAUUAUGAAGAGGACUUUUUCGACACUUCAGACGAAGAUGACGACGACGACGAUGAUUUCCAGGCUGAGGAACCAACGGAAAGAACCAUUCCAGUGGCAAAACAAUACUCCAGCCUAUCUGAAUACAAAUGGGAUCAGUAUGGUACAAGGCAAGGUGUGACGGAAGCGAGGAACCGUCAACUGAAUAUCAGAAAAAAUAGCGAAGAAAGCCGAGCGCGAGCAGCUGUAGAACAUUACAUUCGAGUCAAGAACACGGGAUCCUGCAGGAAUCCUAUCCCGAAAGUCAUUCCAGUACAACAGGAGUAUCCUAACCCGGCAGUUACCUACACUCCUCACUGCACGGUACUUUACAGGUGCGCAGAAGAUACAGGGUGUUGUAGACAUGACGGCGCCACUUGCCAGUACAAGGAUAGAGUGGAAAUACCGCUAUAUUUCUAUGUGAAGGAACUGGGUUCGGACCAAGCCAAGGUGGAAAAAUUGACGUUUUACAACCACACGGAAUGCGAGUGCAAGGAAAAACAGGAAGAGGCAGUCACGGAGAGGCACAAAAGGACUGGCACGCCAGAUGGGGGCAGUGCGGAGGUGUUCAACCAAACGCGAAAUAGUGGAUUGGAUUUGAAAUCCAGAAGUGACGGUCCGGAAAAUAUACAAAUUAGAUGUAAAUGUCCGAAAGAGUUCACACCUCGAAUAAAAUAUUCGUCCAAAUGUUACUGCGACUGCGAAGAAUCGAAUCAAGACUGUCUUCGGAUGAAGAGAGGGAAAGAGUACAACAGCCUUAGUGACAGAUUGUAA